AUGAUCUCCGCAAAUUGCAUCCCCGAUGGUGGUGUGUGCGCUGCCGCAGUGGACCAGACACAGGACAGGGUGGCAGAGACAGGGGAAUGCACCGAGCACGUCGGCCAGCACACGGACCAGCACGGAACAAGCGCAUGGACUUCCCAGGCAGUCAAGAUAGGUGCCAGGCUCGUGCACGAGACGCACAAGGCGCAGUACCUGCAAGGACCAGCAUGCAGCAUGGCGGACCAGACGCAGGAGGUCACGGCGCCAUCGCUCCAGCAGAUCCAGGAUUUCUGCGAGGACACCUGGCGAAUCACGCGCAGAGCGCGACGGAGGCCGAUGACCCACAUGCCCUCCCUCCCGCACGGCACGAGGCAGCUCGCAGCAACUGCGCACGUGGAGGCCUUCCAAAGGCGGAGGGACCACAUCCUGAUGCACAGCAGCCCCAGCAACGAGAGGAGGCCACUGCCCACCACAGCAGAAGGUCGAACAGCGUGGACGCCAACGGACUUUGACGACGUACCGACGAUGGCAGGCAGUACGGAGCCGCCAGAAACAGCAGACGCCAACGACCACAGCAUGAAUGACACCCCAGAGGAGCCGGAGGGGCAUGAUGACACGUCCCUCAUGCAACAGUCGGGCUUCGUGCAGGUGGCCCAGCUCGGCAGGGUGCACGACCCACACCUCAUGAAGUUCGUGCAGCAGGCGAAGGACGUGGACAUGCUGAACCCCAGGAUGAGGCAACACCGAGGCGACGUCAGUCCAGACCCAGAGCACGAAGCAGCCUGA